AAGCUAUGAAGAUUCAAAGUUCAUGAGCUUGCGUUACAAUUGCGGCGGUUACAAAGUGAAGUUGUGGGGUGACUUUAUAUGGAGUUGGGACCUUUGGGGUUGGGGAAACUUGUCACUCUACUGUAACAGCUGCAAAUAGGUUGGGAACAACCAAGCUAGGUUGGGAAGGGUGGCCAACUUGGAUGGAUUGGUUGGGAAGGGACAAAUGUCAAAGUUGGGGUUCCUAUAGGGAGGGAAUCUUUGUGCUUAUGGGGUUUCCUUGGUUGGGGACUCUCUUGGGACCUCCCAUCUCAUCCCUCUCUUCCUAUCCCAACCUUUCUCUUGCUCCUUCUAAUUCCUUGUGAGAUUCUUGAAUUUUGAUUGAACUCUUGAGAUUGAGUUAAGUUCUCCUCCUACAGCUUACCCCCUAGUGCGUCGAAAGCCAUAGCGUCGCGAAUACUUCAUCAAUCAACAUGAUUCAAAUUGGGAACGGUAGCUGAGAUUAGGAGCUACAACAUAUCGAAGUUUCGCGACAUCCCAACGGCUGGUUUUUUGUCGACGUCGUUUCUUGUGAAGACGACUUUUCUGUCCAGAAUUUCGGAUUUAUAUUUUGAGUAAUUCUAGCUCCUAAGUUCACCUAGACUCCGUCCUUAAUACUAACAAGUGGUAUCAGAGCAAUAUUAAGGACAUUGAGAGGAGUCUACAGAAGUUUGAAGACCCUUCUAGACCCACCAUGGCCUGUGGGUGUGCCUAAGUGGUGUUCUAAAGGUUGGAUGUGACUUCCGCUAAGGGGAAACUCUGCCGAAAUUUCGUGGACGCUGACACUUGUGAAAAUAUCGAGGGAGCUGAGUGUGGACAGCAAAGGGGAGCUGAAAUUCGUCAUUUCUCAAGGAGGAGAUGAAUGAGAGAGGAGGAGAUGCUAAUGGAAGAGGAGCUGUAGCUGAGAAGGCAAGUGAGCCGCCGCCAUCAAAAGUUGAAGCUUUGGAUGGCUCCAACUAUGAGGAAUGGAGCGGGCGGAUGAGGAGUGCCUUCAAACGCUACAAGCUACUGAAGAUUGCUGUUGGGGAAGAGAAGAUGCCGGAAGAAGGCGAAGCACGCGAACGGUGGAUUGAGAAAAGCGCGGUGCUUUUCGACCUCAUCCUUCAAUCGGUCAACAAGGAGAUGUUCGAGCACAUCAAGGAUCUUGUGGAAGCGGAUGAUUCGGGUCCAAGGGCGUGGAAACUACUACGUGAUGUGAUUCAGCCCAACACUCUCCCAAUGGUGAUCGUGCUCGAGAAGGAACUUGCUGCCAUCUCCAUGCGACCAGGGGACGAUGUGAAGCCGGUCCUUGACAAGAUCAAGGACACCUAUGCAAGGAUGGCAGCAGCGGGCAGUAGUGUAUCUCAGCUGCAGCAGUGCACCAAGAUCAUCUCGGUGUUGGACAACUCUUGGGACAACCUCAUCCCCACCCUCAACUCUCAGCAAGAUCAAUGGACACCUGAGUGGCUAAGGCAGCAGAUUCUGCAGGAGGACUUCCGCAGACGCCAUGUGGGAGGCGGUGCUGCCACUAAGACUGCUGAGGGGUAUGGAGCUGCAGGGCGCGGCAGAGGAAGAGGGGGUUGGAGAGGCCGAGGCCGUGGGAGAAGCUUUGGCAGAGGUAGAGGCCGAGGUGACUAUAAUGAGGGGCAUGGGAGCUCCAGUGGCAGGGGGAGUACCAGAAUGGAGGGCACCUGCUGGUACUGCAAGAAGAUAGGGCAUCCUUGGUUCAAGUGCUUCAGCAGGCCGGAGGGAUGGGCACCUCCAGGCAUGAAGCCGCCCAGUGGUGAACGCGCACAAGGUGGUGCUGUGCAAGGCUCAGGUGCACAAGGUGAAGGUGCACAAGGUAAUGCCUAUCCUGGGAUGUUUCUCAUGGUUGAGGAUGUGCAUGGGCAUGAGGGUGAUGUGGGAUCUGUGGGAAAGGUUGUGAUGCACCCUCUCAUGCACUGGGUGAUUGAUUCGGGUUGCAUCAGUCACAUGACCCCACGGGCAGAUUUGCUUGAUGAGGUAAAACCCCCUGGGAAGAUCAAGUAUGUGGCAGCAGCGUCAGGUGCUUUGCUCCCUGUGAUUGGCGUUGGGAAUGCCAAGGUUAAGGGAGCUAAUGGGGAGCUUGUGGGGCUUGGGAAUGUUCUGCUAGUUGAAGGUUUGUCUGCUAACCUUCUCUCUGUGCGACGACUGCAGAAGAGCAAGGCCGAAGUGACCUUUGGACCAACCAGCUGCCGUGCUAAGCUUGGGAAGAAGGUGCUGUGGAGUCUGGAAGAGGAGACCAGCUGCAUCAAGGACCUGUGGCAGCUGCCCAUCAUCCCAUGGAAUGGGAAGACUCCAACAGCAGCAACGGCAGCAACGGCAAAGGCAACAGCAGGAGGAGAUGCAACUGCACCAACUGAUGGGGUCCUGGAAGCAGUCAAGAAAGUGCAGCAGCAGCAGACACAUGGCGAGGUGCUUGCUGGUGUGGAUGCGAGUGCGGCAUGGGCUAAGGCUUCAUCAAGGAGUGGAGAGGCCGAUUGGGAGACAUGGCAUGAGAGGCUGUGUCAUGUGAACUUCCCUAUGCUGCAGAAGUUGGUGAAGGAUGGGAGCCUGAAGGGCUUGGAGGUGAAAGGGGGAGUGAAGGAGAUUGGGAGCUGCCCUACAUGCUUGGAGACCAAGUUCUCCAAGUUCCCCUUCAACAGCACUACAGGACCAGCCAAGACCCCACUUGCACUUGUGCACAUGGAUGUGGUGGGGCCCACAAGAGCCCCUUCCCUCUCAGGCAGCCGCUAUUUCUUGACAAUUGUGGAUGACCACACUCGGGCAGUGUGGGUUUACCCUUUGAAGAGCAAGGGGGAGGUGGCAGCGGCUGUCCUUAAGGAGUGGAUGCCUAGAGCUCAGAGGGAAUGCGGAUACAAGGUGAAGGUGAUCCGCAGUGACAAUGGUGGGGAGUUCAUUGGAGCUGAUUUUGAGGGGGAGUUGAAGAGGAAGGGGAUCCAGCAUCAACUGACAGUGCCCUACAACCCGCAGCAGAAUGGCGUGGCUGAGAGAUUCAACAGGACCCUGCAGGAGGGGGCACGCACUCUCCUUGGGCGUGCAGGGCUGCCUGAUCCGUUUUGGGUGUCUGCACUGAGGCAGGUCGCCCUUGUGAAGAACAGGGUGCUGGCUACAGUUGGAGAUAAGGAGUGGAUCCCAUAUGUCAAGUGGUAUGGGAGUGCUCCAGCUGUGAACAUGCUGAGGGCAUUUGGGUGCAUGGUGGUGUUUCAUGUGCCUAAGGAGAAAAGGGGGAAGUUGGAGGCUUCUGGAAGAUGGGGUGUGCACUUGGGGAUUGCAAAGGAUCACAAGGGGUGGCUGCUAUGGGACUUGACCACCCAGAAGUUGACAGUGUCAAGGGAUGUGAAGUUUCUUGAGUCCCUGUACUAUAAGGAAUGGAAGCAGCAGCAACAGAAGCUUCCAUCUACACCACUCAUUGUGGAGGCAGAUGAGUUGCAGCAGCCUUCAAGGCAGGUGGAGGUUGCAGUGUCUGAGGAGGAGAUAUCUGGGGUGACUGAAGAAGGGGGAGCAGCUGAAGUGGAGCAGCAACAGCAACAUGAGUCUCCACCUCGAGUUCCACACCCGCCUGAGCGACCUAGGAGGGAUGUGCGCCCUCCGGUGAGGCUGACCUAUGGGGGAAGAGGCAAGCCAAAUGUGGUGCAGGCUGGGAGUGUGGUUGAGCAGAUUGAGGAAGAUGAGAUCGCUCACUGCUACUGGGCACCAAUCCCUGAGCCCAAGACUCGAGAGGAGGCCUUGAAUGGACCAAAUGGGGAGAAGUGGAAGGCGAGUGAGGAUGAGGAGUUCGGGUCCCUGAUUGAAAACGAGACAUGGGACCUGUGUGACUUGCCUCCUGGGAAGAAGGCAAUCACUUCCAAGAUGAUCUACAGGCACAAGUAUGGACCUGAAGGGGAGCUGACCCGCUACAAGUCUAGGCUUGUGGCACGGGGGUUUCAGCAGACAAAGGGGAAGGACUAUGAUGAGGUGUUUGCUCCUGUGGGGAAAGGAACAACACUGAGGGUGCUGUUGGCGAUAGCUGCACUCCUGGGAUGGAAGACACAGCAGAUAUUUUCACCAAGCGUCUGGCGGAGGCGGAUCAUUGGAAGGGCAUGAAGCUUGCUGGGAUGAGUGUGCAUUGAGUAUGCAUGCUUGAGAUGUUGCUAUGAAGAUUCAAAGUUCAUGAGCUUGCGUUACAAUUGCGGCGGUUACAAAGUGAAGUUGUGGGGUGACUUUAUAUGGAGUUGGGACCUUUGGGGUUGGGGAAACUUGUCACUCUACUGUAACAGCUGCAAAUAGGUUGGGAACAACCAAGCUAGGUUGGGAAGGGUGGCCAACUUGGAUGGAUUGGUUGGGAAGGGACAAAUGUCAAAGUUGGGGUUCCUAUAGGGAGGGAAUCUUUGUGCUUAUGGGGUUUCCUUGGUUGGGGACUCUCUUGGGACCUCCCAUCUCAUCCCUCUCUUCCUAUCCCAACCUUUCUCUUGCUCCUUCUAAUUCCUUGUGAGAUUCUUGAAUUUUGAUUGAACUCUUGAGAUUGAGUUAAGUUCUCCUCCUACAGCUUACCCCCUAGUGCGUCGAAAGCCAUAGCGUCGCGAAUACUUCAUCAAUCAACAUGAUUCAAAUUGGGAACGGUAGCUGAGAUUAGGAGCUACAACAUAUCGAAGUUUCGCGACAUCCCAACGGCUGGUUUUUUGUCGACGUCGUUUCUUGUGAAGACGACUUUUCUGUCCAGAAUUUCGGAUUUAUAUUUUGAGUAAUUCUAGCUCCUAAGUUCACCUAGACUCCGUCCUUAAUACUAACACUACGUUGCUUAAUCAAGCCUACCUUGCUGA